UUUCUUUCUUUCUUUGUUUCUAAUGUAAAACAUUUAUUACUACCAUAUUAUGUUUUUUUCUUUAUUACUUUUAUUUGGAAAUGUUAAACCUGUCUCUUUUCCAGGUGAUACUUUUAUUCUCCCACCUUUCUACCAUCAUGAAAUCUCAUUGAUCGAAACUCAAGCCAUUGACUACACUCCCUCCUAUAUUGAUACUACCUUGGAUAUUCCUGUUUUGAAUGAUGUUGCCUUGGAUACACCUAUUUCAAAUGCUAUUGCCUUUCACCCAUACCAAGUCUUUGCACUCCACGUUUACCUGAUCGUUUUCCUUGUCGGGAUGUUGUCUGGUGUAUAUCUCCUCCUUGCUUUACCUGUCCUGUCACGUCUACUGCGUAAACCCUCUGUCUCUACCUUCCGAAAAAAUAUCGCGUCAUACAACAACAUGGUAGUUCACCCGAUAUUAAUGUUGAUCUCUACCUGGUUACGUUACUUCUGUUCCUUCUGUCUUCGGGUACUUUGGCCUUUGAACUGUCUUCUUGUUUCUCGUUGCCUUCGGGCUUUAUGGUCUUUCCUUUGUUACGUGGAUUCAUUCAUAGUACGUAACUUGUUUGCUCUCCUCCAUCGUCCCCCUGUUUCUCCUAUGUCCGCAGAUCAACUUGUAAGAGCUAUCUCUCAACUUGAUGACAUCUCUGGUUUAGCUCUUCUAUAUUGGGUAUACUUCUUUUAUCACCAUGCUGAUAAAAAACCUCUAGUAUCACGACCUCAACCCAAUAUAGAAGCUCUCUCAUUUCCACCCGUCCCUACCACCGAAACCAUUGAUGAUGACGAUGAAGAUGUUGCUUGCUUGCCCUCUUUCCCUGCAGCUGCUUCAGUCCCUACAGCUCUCAUCGAAACCAUUGAUGAUGACGAUGAAGAUGUUGCUUGUUUGCCCUCUUUCCCUGCAGCUGGUCCUGUCCCCUCCAAUACCCUUAAUGAUGAUCAAGACAAUAUGAUCCAUCAUUCUUCUUCAUCCAUCGCUGUUGUCUCCCUCUCAUGUCCCGUCGAACCCGAAGAUGAUGGCCCAUCUCAUCUUUCUCCUUCAUCCGUCAUCCCUUCAUCCUCCACAGUCCUUCGUUCACCAUCACCCACCGUUACAAAGGAUGAAGAUGUCUCCUCUCCACGGCUUCCUCCUACUCCUGUCCCUCAAUCUGGUAUUGAUGGUGUACAAGAUGAUGUCUCUUCUCCUUCUUCUCCUUUGGUGGCUCCUCCCACUCUAUCUCCUCCUCUCACUGUCGCCAUCCUGACAGAUGCCUUGUCAGAAGAUGAAGACAUGGCUUCAUCCGAUAGAUUCGAUUUUGUCAUCGAAUCAGAAGAUGAAGUCAUGGCCUCUCCUCCUGCUACCUCCCCAUCACCUGAGCCUCUCAAUGUCCCGUCCUUUGAUGUAUCAGUUCUCGAAAGUGUUGUCCCUCCUCCUUCAUUUUCCUUCCUUCCUCCUGUCCCAUUGGCUGCUCCGACUCCAUUGGUUAUUCCUACCUUUGCCGCUUCUCCCUUUACCUUCUUAUUCGACAACACAUCCCAUCAAGCUGCUCCUUCUCCCUCUUCAUCUGUCCCUACUGUUAGUUCUCAUACAACUACAGUAGAUCCUCAACUUCUUUGUCCUCUCCCUGCUGCUCCUCUUCCUUUUGCUCCUCUUCCUUUUCAUCACUCCCAGUCAUCAGUCAGGAUUUACCCUACAUGCCUGACUGUUCCGAUCAAAACACCCCCAAGGAGGAGCGCAAAAUAAUCCAGCCUCGUCGCUUGCGUAAGUACAUGGAACUCA